GAAAAUAGCUAUGAGGCUGGAAUAGAGGCAGAUGUUUCGGAUUACUAUACUGCUUGCUAACAUUUAUCUACUUUUAUACCCAUUGUUUGUGAAUAGCUGAAAAUUGUAUUCAUGUGUAAAGGAGAAAAAAACAUCUAUCCAGUCUUGAAACUUUGUUGGACUGAGCAUUAUACUGAAAUAGGUUAUAAAGAUCCAGCAAGAUGUUCACUUUUCAAACAGUGUUCUUAAUUCCAGUCCUAUUGUUAGUAUUUUCACCUUCUCAUGCCAAACCACCCAACAUUGUAUUGAUGAUAGCUGACGAUCUAGGUAUCGGGGACAUAGGAUGUUUUGGAAACACCACUGUUAAAACACCAAAUAUUGAUAGGAUUGCAAAGGAGGGUGCCAAACUUACACAUCAUUUAUCAGCAUCUAGUCUCUGUACACCAAGUCGUGCUGCCUUUCUAACAGGACGUUAUCCAAUAAGAACAGGAAUGGCAUCCCGAAAUUUUUAUAGAGUCAGUCUAUUUGUCGCUGCCCCGGGUGGAUUACCUAACAAUGAAACAACGUAUGCAGAGGUGGCGAAGACAGCUGGUUACAAGACAGCUCUAAUAGGAAAGUGGCACCUCGGCUGGAGCAAGAACAGUUUAAAUGACUUUGAUCACCAUCCAAACAACCAGGGUUUUGACUAUUUCUAUGGAUACCCACUGACUAAUAUGAAAGAUUUUGGUGAUGAUCCCAGAGAGAGCCUUCUCUUGUCUAUUUUCCCUCUGUGGCACUACCAGCUUGCCACCAUGGUUAUUUUGUUGAUCAUCACUACAGGAAGUUUCUACAGGAUGAAAAUGAUCAGACUCUUCCUAUUCGUCUUCCUUGUGGCUUUUGGAUCACUCCUAGUUUUUAGUGUCCAUUACGUGUGUAUUAUUAGAUACAAAGAUUUCAAUAGUUUAUUAUACAGAAACACUGACUUAGUUGAACAACCAAUAGAGUUACCUACCUUGACAAGACGACUUGCAGCUGAAGGUGUUGAGUAUCUUGAAGAUAGAUCAAAAGAUCAAGAUCCAUUUCUUCUUUUGAUGUCGUGGACUCACAUGCAUACUUUUCUUGAUACUGCUGACAAAUUCAAGGGUCGAAACAAACAUGGCCGAUAUGGUGAUGCUUUAGAAGAAAUGGAUUGGGGAGUAGGGGAGAUUUUAAAUGCUUUAGACCGAUUGAACAUGGUUGACAACACAUUGGUUUAUUUUACAUCUGAUAAUGGCGGUCAUCUUGAAGAAAGAAGUGCCGAUGGCGAUGUACAUGGCGGUUAUAAUGGCAUCUAUAAAGGAGGAAAAGCACAUGGUGCAGUAGAUGGUGGAAUAAGAAUGCCUUCGGUAGCGAGAUACCCACCUUCCAUACGACCCGGAAGUGUUAUAGAUGAACAAACAAGCAUGAUGGAUAUCUUCCCAACAAUUUCUAAACUAAUGGGAGCUAAACUAGGCAAUAGCAUUCAAAUUGACGGACGUAAUAUAAUGCCAUUGUUAUCAGGCAAUGAGAAGGUUUCUCCUCACGAUUUUAUGUUCCAUUAUUGUGGUGAUGAAAUCCAUGCUAUAAGAUAUCGACCUCGAGACGGUACUUCAACUUGGAAGUUAGUCUUGAAGUCACCAGAUUACAUUCCUGGGAAACAAGUGUGUUUAUUUGUAUGUUCCUGUAAGGGCGCAAUAGUCAACGACCCUCCACUUCUACACGAUAUGACGUCAGAUCCGUCAGAGAAAAAUCCAAUUGAUAUCACAAAACACCAAUCCAUCGUGAAAACAAUGUUAAAAGCUAUGAAAGAUCACCAAGCCUCAAUUCUACCAGUGGAUUAUCAGCUAGAUGUUUCUAAACAGUUGUGGCGUCCAUGGUUACAGCCUUGCUGUGGAACCUUCCCCUCAUGUCACUGCAUUGAUCAAAAAUACCAUGGCAAAUUCAGAUGAAACAUUCUGGAGACAACUUUUUAACAUUCCGUCAUCAAUGUGAUCUCUUUUUAAUCCAUGCUUUUGGUUUUUCCGAGACAAAUUUAACGCAAUAAUUCUUAUAAUUAUCAUCGUUUUAAACUUUUCGUCAAAUAAAUAAUGAGAGAUGACCAUAUUGUUUCAAUGAAAUGUCAAAGCCAUAUUAAAGGGCGGUGCAAAAUCGAAAAUCUCCGAAAUUUUUUACGAAGAUUUUCCAAGACCAGCAUGUGCCGGAUUAUUACUUUUAUUGUAACUACGCAUUGAAAUAACAAUUAUUUUCAUUAAUAGAGAUGAGCAGUCGUGACCACCUGAAAUUCCGAAAGAGCCGUCUGAGGGACCUCCUCCAUAAUGAAGAUUCUGAGGCGCUAAAAUUCCCUUGCAAAAAGAAUACCAGAUGAACACAUAACAAAUUCAUCAAUCACUAUUGAACUGAAGAACGUUUGAGAGAGGUCAAUUAAUUGUUGGGGUUUAAUUCUCACUUGCCAGUUCUCAACUCCCGUAGCAGUCCUAGUAGUCAGACUUGUUCGGAGGGGCAAGUAGGGGAGACCGGGGCUAGUUGUAGCAAUGUUCAUACUUUCUGUUAUCUUACAAAAACAUCAAUUUUUUAAAAGUG